AUGUAUUACCUCCCUGUUUCAGAAGAACUCGACGAAGAUUUGAAAUCAAGUCUCCGGAAACACGUCGAAACGCAGAAACUUGUUUUGAAGCAAAAUCAGGUAUAUUUUUUCUAUUUUUUUUUAUCAACUUUAACAUCGUUCACUUUUCUCAAAAUUAUCCCUCUCCUACUUUUUAUCAGUUAUUCAGACAUCGAUAAUACUUAUACCGCGAAUGAAAAAGAAAUUUCUGUUUUUAGAGGGCAACUUUGGGAUGUUACCAAAAAAAAAAAACGCCUCUUCAUCUUUUCAAUUUUGUUCAUGAAGAGAAUUCGGGUCAGAUGCGGACAAAACAUUUUUCAAAAAGCUCUUCAUUUCGCUUUGUGUGCCUCGGAAAAAUGAGCUGAGUGAUUGACGUCGGUUGUUUUCCGACGAAUUUCUUUUUGGUCAUCGUUUAGUUCCGAGGCCCACCGAUUCCUUUUCGUUCUCUUGCUUCAAUCUGUAUUUGUCGAGUUGCCUCGUGUUUGAUCUGAAAGUUAGCGUUAUACGAGGAAGUAAGUUAAAAAAAGUAAUAAGUGUGCUAUGGAAUAAUGAAAGUCGAAUAUUUUAUUGAGUUUUAAACUUUUUAGCUGCUCCAAAUAUCGCAGCAUCGCUUUGUUUCCGUUGCUCUAACUCUAAUUGAAACAAUUUUAUUCACCCUUUUUCUAGUUUUUCCAGUAAAAAAAUAAAAUGCAUUUUUUUCUUUGCUAACAGGUACAUCUUUGUAUAGUUGAACACGCCUUAUUCACUUUUUUCGUUUUCCGAUAGAACAACUUUAAUAAAUGGGAAAAACAUCAACGAAAAAAACGCUCUCUAUUUUCCUCCUUCAGCCACUUGUAACGUGCAAUUUUCUCUGUUGCAAUAAGUUCCAGCUCCUCUCAGAUAUUCUGAUCAUUAUUUGAUGUUUCAUGGGAAUUGCAGAAAGAGAUAGUGUUGGUCGUGGAUGGCCGUUCCCUGCGACAACUCGUCGUUCUAGAGACCAAGGAGUCGCCGAAACGUCUUCUCGUCGUCGGACCCAAAGACGUCAAAUCCAGGUAUUUCAUGAAUAUUUUCUAGUUACUCUUCCUUUCUGUCGAAUACUACUGAGCUCCAUUCACGCUGAAUAUUUUUUUUCGCUUUUCUUAUUGGUUUCACCUCUCACAUCUUCUGAUUCUCGUCUUCUCCCAGCUCAUUCACACUACCAAUUAGUCGUCGCGUCGUCCAUUAUCUCGAUUUUUUUUUCCAUUUUCGAGCUGCUUUUCUCCGUUCAGCUCACUUUUUCUGGCGUUUCUUGCUCAGACGAUGACAGAUGGGACCAUUAGACUUGUUCUCGUCAUUUUUCUGCAUUUCCAGCCUCAGAUUCUCGAUAUGUAAACUGCGGCAAUCUCCUAUGCCUAUUUCAUGUCUUUCAACCUUUUAUCUCAACAAAGCGGAAUAAUAGGUCUCAAGAGACUAUCGUAUCGGGAGAUUGUAGAAAAAAAUAUUUUAUUUUUCAUUUCGCAGAUCUUCAACUUUCAAAAACUGAACAAACGAGAAAGGCAAUGUGUUAAUUAAGCUCCAUUUUAGUAGUCUGAAAGAAGCUUCUACCAAUUUUUUUGAAAAAUUUCCCUCUGUCUCUAGAAAAAAAUUCUGAAGUUAAAGAUGACAGCGUUGCGUUAAUAAAAUAUUGAAUUGAUUUCUAUCAACUUUUUGUAUUCCAUUUUUUUAUGGUCAAGACCAUAGUGAACUCUUUAGUUUAGACGAACAUGCCAAAAAUUUAAAAAUUAUUUUGAGCAAGUCAAAAAAAUUCAGUUUAUUCUAUAUGAUAAUCAAAAAUGAACUUUCCAAGUUAUCGCUUGAAAAUGUUUGUAUAGAGUUCAAAAGAGAGGAAGGAACAGCGGAUGAAUGUUUUGAUUGGAGGAGAGUUAGCGUUUGACGGGCCGAGAAAAAGACAACAACAAAUCGCCAUAUCCGGUGAGUAAGAGAGACGGACAAUUCGCGCAGAGCAAAACGAGAGCAAAAGCGAGGCGAACAAAAAAAGAAGUCCUGGAGCAAGCGCGUGUCUCAUUUUCCGUGCCCUUCUAUUUACGAGUCCCUCCCAUCAACUUCUUCCACUUUCCGCGCAAAAAACUCGCUGUUGUUGUUUUCUUUUGAAUUUUUAUUUUUGCAAAUAAUUUUUCGUUUUCUUUUUUCCCUUUUUCCAAAAAUUUUUGUCGUCAUUUUUUCUAAGAUCACAGAUAGUUCAAAAAAUGUCACAAUAAGAAUCUAUCUUAAACACCAGUAUCGCUCUUGAACAAGCUGGAUUUUUUCUAUGACCAAAACGGCUAACGUUGUUUCUUCGCGAGUUCCGAGAACUUGGAGAUUUUCUCCUUUUUUUUUUCGAAUUUCACCGGAUUGAGUCUUUGGACUUUGGGAACACUUAUCUCGCUUGAUUUUUUUUUUCCGAAACGCCGUUUUAAAAGUCGUGAAUCAAUAACAGCAACGUUCAAAGGUUUCGCUGGAAGCUUUUAAACAUAAAUUCAUUAUUUGUUCGGCACAAGGAUAUGAAAGAAAUCGUAAAAUAGCGAUUCAUUUACAACUCAAUUUUAGUUAAAAGCUCAUUUAUUCUCCAUAGCUUCUAGCGCUUUUUUUGGUAAACCGGAAUAAUUGAUAUGAAAAGGACGCACUAUUUCAGUAUACUAGGUUUAUAGCGUGACCCGUUGUAAGCUGAUAUGGGCGCAGGGAGCGCGGCCGCAGAGGAAGGAUCCGAAACUCAGAGCUUUUUUUGAUUCUUUGCCUCGUCUAUUCCCUUUGAAUCUUUGUUCGGAUCACCUCAAAACUGAAAGUUUAUGUUGAAAUCGCAUGAGACAAGAACUUUCUGACAUUCAAAACCUUUUUUAUGCUAGUUAGCACUUCGAAGACUCUACAAGCCUGAUUAUUCUUUUUUUAAAAAUUAUAUUUUUUUGAGAUAGGACCUUGGUGUUUUAAAAAAGACGCAUUCAUGAAGUAAUUUCAAAGUGUUGAGUCUCGCAAUCAUUUUCAUCUUUGUUUGUAGUUGUUGCUCCAUUGGAAAUUCAAUCAGACGUUGAUGCAGAAGCGGAGGAAAGCUGCGGAUCGGCGACAGUGUGAUUGCCGUGGGCGGUUGGUUCGAUGAGGCCGCUUUGGGCAAUCGAGUGAACGGAGAAGACACGAAAGACAGCGGCGUCGGUCCGCAAGAUCAACGACGGACUCUCGACCAACAGGUAUAUCUCAUAAUUCAUCCCAAACUCCUUUUUUCUUUUUGUCAGAGUUCAGCAAUCAAAGUAAGAAGACGAUUAUAGUUUGAAAACGUGAAGCUCUUACCGAACAUACAUCGGCAAACCAUUUUUAAAGGUCGUCAAGCCCUCCUCCUAAUUUUUCGUUAAUUUAAGUAAUUAAAACCUCCGGAAUUUGAAACUUACGCUUAUUUUUUUGUUAACAUCGUCUCCCUGAGCUUGAAACUAGUUUUUAUAUCUAAUUUUUAAAAAUUUCUGUGAGUCAACAUCUCCUCUUGGCCCAAACGAGUUCAGUACUCGCUCUUUUAUGUUUCCAAAAAGUACUAUUUGUAAAAAUCCGCGGUAGUGUGCUGACCAUCUCAUCUUUCUGGGGAUACUAAUAAUUGAAAAUUUCAUUGUUUUAAGCGUUAGAACAACAAAAAAACAGCUUUUCCAUGUAUAAACUCUGGCGGAAGUCGUAAGCACGUCUUGGCAUCGCUGAUUUUCAGAUAUAUAAUUUUUUUCAUGAAAUAAAAAAAUCGGGGUCUUGAAAGCACCUAUAUUGGAGUAACCCGCUGUGAAACCAAAGCUAGUGAAGGCGUGAGCUUUUCUAUAGAUCAGCAAAAUUGCUCUACAAUUCCAAUCUGAAAUGAUAUUUUCCGACAAGUUUAAAAUAAAAUAAAUUAAAUCUGUAAUAAGGUAUUCAUUCCAGAAACGGAAUUUGAAAAACUCGAUCCUGAAUAUUUUUACCUGCUUCAUUCGUGAAGUCUGAAAUGAUUUUCAACAUUUCUUUUGAAUCAUAAGAGGAAAAUUUCAUCCUCAUAAUUUUUUUCCGAUCUUGAAGAAAGUUCAAAGCGUAGGUAGAAAGUUCGAUUGAAAAUUCGAGGUUUCCAUUUUUCUAGAAAAAAUAUUACUGUCGCGGUUUACUGAAAUUGUCUCUCUAUUGUUAGUGAGGAUUCAUUCGUCUUGAUAUACGGUUUUCCUUCUCCAUUGAUAUGAAACCGUAUUUAAUUUUGAUGGCGUAGAAGCGGUUAUACCAUGUAUGGUAACAGUAGACAAUGGACGACAACAUAGAAGACGUUGCAGGAGAGUGGGGGCGGAGCCGAAGAGGCGAAGACGCCGCCGGCGAUUCUCGACCGGCCCGACAAGCCGCAGUUCGUUGGCUUCGCUGAGCAGCAGCCUGACUCGCAGCGCAUCGGCCUCGCCGUUGUCCGCGAGACAACGCAAAUGGUGGUUCGUUCUUUGUCCCUUCACAACUUCCGCCGUUACGAGUUCAAGUCAGGAAGGACGAAUAUCUGCUCCUUCCUCCGUUUGUCCAGUUACUGCUUCUUCUAAUGUUCCUCUUUUGUUCUCAAGCUCCUGAGUCUUUUGAUCCUUCACUUAACAUAGUAAAGAAACAUUUGAAAACUAUAAUGAAGUGAAAUUUUUUCUCCAUAAAAAAGAGACUGCCGAAAUUUUCUUGUUGACACGACUCGGAAUAAUUCUCUAAAUUUAAUGAAUCUCAUUGAAUAAUAUUCAUUUCUAGAAUUCGCAGUAUUUUCGAAUUAGAGUAAAAAAUUUUUUGAAGAUAUUUUUAUUUUAGAGAUGGGUUAUUAUGCGCUUUUAUCAACUUUACAGAAAGUCUGUUUCCGAAAAAGAGUAUUUAAAGAUGAAGUUUCGUGUAGUGUAUUAAUCUACUAUGUUUUCGAACUGGUUCCAAGUAUAAACUGGAAGAAAUGCAUCGAAAAGAUACGGAGCGGAACCUUUUUUGCUGACGAAAGGGCUUUGGCCGGUGAGCGUCGUCACAACCGACUCUCCUGCAUUGUUAAGGAGCUAGACGACCUCACAAGCCGUCGAAAUUAGGUGGCGGGAGGUUCUGAAUUUUGAUUGAGUGCCUCUGUCGGCCUCGUUGUGUUCUUAAGACAUUUUGAUUGAGCGGAAGCAGUUUAUUAGGUGCACUUGUAUUGGUCAACCAAAAAAUCCUUCGGAAAUGUUUUUUGUAAUUUGAAAGAUUGCUCGAGAACACAAUGAUUCAUUUUUUCGCUUUUGAAAAAAUCCACCCUGAACUUAUUAUUCAGUGAAAAAAAAAAAAACUAAACUUGGCGCGAAACAAGUCUUCUUCUAAUCUUCUUGCGAGCAUUUUUUGAGCCAAUUUUCGUAGAAAUAUCUUUUUGUGUUCUGAAAAAGAAAUUGAUUAUUUUUUCCUCUGGGCAUUAUGAAAUAGCUUUUUCAAAAAACCACAUUAUUAGGCUGCGAGCUUUUGAUUAAGGUUUUUUUUUCGGUGGAUUCUUCUAGAAUGGGUCUUUGAAUAUUUCAUUGAGCAUGCAAAAAAAGCAAUAUUUGGAAAGAAAAGACGAUUCAGAGUCGGGUUUCCUGCUAGUUGGAUACUUUUUGACGUGCAAGAUUCUGUGGAGAAAAUGUGUAAAUCGCACAUUUUCCUUUCUUUUAUCGCUUCGUAUUCAAUUUUCCGGGCCUCGAUGCCCUUUCACGUUUCCUGUUGAAGGAUUCAAACUUCUCUUCUUUUUGAAAUAGAAUAUGCAAAUCGCUUUGUGUGAGCGAUGCUCGUCUAAGUUGGAACAGCUUGGCUGCAAAUAUGAGCAACAGACUGAUGUGAGAGAGUUCAGUCAAGUUAUCUGGAAGCGUUCAAUGCUGGACCGUUUCUGUUCAGAAUGCUUCAAUUUAUUGUAAAAGAACGACGUUUGAGAGAUCCGAACGAAGACAAAAAAACCAAACAAGAAAUUUUUUUUUCUCAAGCCAAGCGUUUGUUUUUUCCCAUGCGAGUGCCACUCAUAAACAUAGAAAACGAGCUUCAACGCACUUUUUGUUGCUGACAGCAACACGUUGAAAAACUGAGCUUUAAUCCAAGGGAAGUUGUAGAAUCUCUGGUGAUCUUUCAUUAGGAUUCAGGAUCAACAUUUGUAGAAGAUAAUAUAAUUUUUGGCGAAAAAAAACACGAGUAACGUCUGUAUUUUUCCAAGAUCGCGGUUAGGUAUAAUCAGUGGAAACCUUUUCUUUGAGAUGUUAGGGGAAAAUCAUGAAUCAGCUCAAAUUAAUCUAUUGUCCCAAUAUUUUGCUUUUGGGUAUGAUAAAUCAAAGGAGCAAGGUUUUUGGGGUGACUUGACGUCGAAAUAACGAGGCAAGGCAUGGGACACGUGCAGCCGGACUCACACAUGCACAGAGAAGUCGCUGACGGAACGUGAUAACGACGCGGAUACGAGGCUGAGACAAGAACACACGGCUGUCGGCUUGCAGGGAAAUAAUAAGAAUUACUGCGGUACUCCUCCACCCGCACUAUUUCGCCGCUACGCCCACCGGUUCGAAUUUCCCGCCGCCAAGGUGAAGCCUUCCACCUGUGAGCCGCAAGUCCGGCAUGUCUUUGGAGCGAUCUUGCUGAACAAUAUCUAUUUCCUGUUGUGCGACUGA